UUUGGGGUUGGGAGAGAUGGGAACACUGUAGUUAUCUGUCGAGUGCUGUGCAGGGGUAGGCAGUUUCCUGGUGAAGGUUCAAGGUUGUGGUGGCUCGACCCUGACGCUGGGAACGGAUACAAGUGUAAGAAGACCAUUAUUGACAUCAUGAGGAUGCUGAAAGGACUCUUGCGUCCGCCACUGAGACUCCAUCCCGCCCUCCUUUCCCGUCCCUCCCAUACUCCAUCAUGCCCUUCCCGCACUUGCUCCACGCGCCGCCUCAACAAGCCCCUCACAUCCAAUCAAAUGCCACGCCCCGGGGGCAUCGCUUCCUUCAUGCGGCUUCCCGUACAGAGCGACACACAAGGCCUUGAUGUGUGCUUCGUGGGCGUGCCGCUGGACACAGGUACUUCGAACCGCAGCGGCACGCGCAUGGGUCCCAGGCAGAUACGGUGCGAGUCGGUACUGCUUCGCCCGUUCAACUCAAAAGGGGCAGACCCGUUUAGUCAGCUCAACGUGGCCGAUGUUGGGGACGUGAGCUUCAACAUGUAUAAUCUACCUGAAGCGUGUGAACACAUAAGGCAGAGAUUCUUGGAACUGGUGAAGGAUGGAUGCAUCCCCCUGACGAUGGGCGGCGACCACACCAUAACGUAUCCCAUCCUACAGGCCAUCAAGGCUCGUCAUGGUCCAGUGGGUCUGGUCCAUGUGGAUGCCCACACUGAUGUGUCUGACACCAUGCUGGGAGCAAAGAUCACUCAUGGCACCCCGUUCAGGCGGGCAGUGGAGGAGCAACUCAUUGACCCUCACGCCACCAUUCAGAUUGGAUUAAGGGGCACCGGUCAUGCCCAAGAUGGCAAUGCUUGGCAAAUCAGUCAGGGGUUUCGUGUGGUGCCAGCAGAGGAGUGUUGGCACCGUUCACUGGCGCCCCUCAUGGAGGAAGUGAAGGACAUGAUGGGGGACAGACCAGUUUACCUCUCUUUUGACAUUGAUGCCAUUGACCCAGGGUUUUGCCCAGGGACAGGAACCCCUGAGAUAGGGGGAUUGACUACCAUCCAGGCGCUGGAGGUGGUGCGGGGCUGUCAUGGUCUCAACUUGAUUGGCUGCGACCUUGUGGAGGUUGCUCCACCCUAUGACUUUGAAGGCACCACAGCACUGACAGCUGCCAACCUCCUAUUUGAGAUGCUGUGUGUCCUUCCAGCACCCAAGGCAGCACAAUGAACUGGAGCAUACCUUACUAAGCAUGUAUACGUUAAUGCACUAGUAACAAGGUACCCUUCAUUAACCAGCCUGAAAGGAAGGAUGAACUGCUCAGUGAGCUGCAUGCCGAAUGGCCUAAAUAACCAGACCUUGAAACAAUUACCACCUGGACCACCACACCCAGCCCCACCAACAUGGCCAAUACCCCCCCCCCCCUUCAACAAACACCACCUCAACCACCAUGCCACAUGGAUGGAUAGGGUCUUAGUAAAGGUGGCAGCACUCUGUGUUUUAUGUACUAUUCUGUGGUUCUCAGAAAUGUAACCCUCAUGAAAAUCAAGGGAUGAGUUGAAGUGUUAUGAGACAGAUUACAUUUGACUUUUCCUAGCUGGAAAGCCACUGUCUUAUUGGAAUGCUGGUAAGACUUUAAACUGCCACUGUUGUGUCAUUACUAUUGCAGUGUGGCACAUUUCCCAAAGCACUCCUUCCUUCCUCUAAUUACAAACAAUAUUUGUGACAUGAUCAUGAUGGUGUUUUAAUCCUCACAUGUCCAUCCAAUCAGAGAAACUGGUAAAAUAAAUUUUACAUAGACAAGUA